GACAUCAACUCUUGCUGAAAAAUAGUUUUAUGGUUCUUUCUAGGAGAAAAUUGGUAGAACAUAUCUUUUGGAAUUGAGGAAACACACAUUUUUUUAUUAUUGUAUGUCAAACGUAGCAUAAAUAGAAGCGAUGUUUUAGUACAGGAAUCAGUAAGAAUCUAUGUUUUGGUAAUUUGGUAAAUCGCUUAAGAGAGAGAAAAGACAUUAUACAAGUUACUACAACUGACUUCUAAGUUUGAGUUUUUUGUAAUAUUGUUUUACUAUUAUAUAAAUCAGCGUGUGUACAUAUAGUGGACCGUUUUGUUUUGUGUUGGUUUUUUUUGUAAUAUUAUUUGACUAUCAGCUGGACCUUAAAUGUUACUGUGAUCUGUUUGCGUUUAGAAUGAUGAGAGUUUUGCAGUUUUUCUGUUUUUUGACAUUAUUUACUUCGGGAUCAGCCUCGGCAGCACAUUUUAUUGGAAAUGAGACUCAACUGAGAACAGAUUUAUUAAUUACGAAUAGUUACAGUAAAGAUGUUCGACCCGAUGAAAAAGUCGAAAUAUCAAUUAGAUUUAAUGUUUUAACUUUAAACGAAUUGAAUAUAAAAACGCAGACUUUAGACAUAACUGGUUGGCUAACCGCGAAAUGGAACGAUUCGCGGUUAUCGUGGACGCCAGCGUCAUAUGGUGGAAUAAACUAUAUGUUUGGAACGGAUUCGUCCUUCUGGAGACCUUUGUUGUUUGUUGAUAACUCAAUUGGUUCAGUAAGCAUGAUAACGGACAGUGCUCUACUUUUGCGCGCGAAAUAUACAGGGGAGGUAAUGUGGGAACCUCCAGCCAUUUACACAACACAUUGCGAAAGCGUCAUAACUUAUUACCCCUUUGAUGUCCAGAACUGUAUGGUGGAAAUCGUAAGCUGGGCUUACACUAUAGACGAGGUCAAUUUAACUCAUAUGGAAACUCAUAUCAACUUUGAAGACUACCGUGCGAACGGAGAAUGGACUUUGUUGAGUUCUCAUUUAGAGACGAAUCAACUUGUCGACGGCCAUGAGAUUUUCUCCCAGUUGGAAUUCGUCAUGAAGUUCAGACGUCGUCCAACAUUUUACAUAUUCAACAUUAUCCUACCGAUCAUGCUGUUGUCUUUUCUGAGUGUCAUCGGUUUUGUGUUACCAGUUGACUCUGGCGAGAAAGUGGGCUAUAAUUUAACCAACCUCCUGGCUUAUGCUGUCUUGUUGACUCUGAUUUCUGACAAUAUGCCAUCCACAUCACAUCAUAUAUCUGUUCUCGGUGUAUAUUUGACCUUAAUUCUAUUUGUUGGUGCCCUGGCGGUAAUACUGGCCGUUGUCAGUCUGUAUCUCCAUCAUCAACCGCCAAUCAAACCAAUUCCAAGAUGGAUUCAACUCGUCGUCCUGGGAUUCAUGCAUAAGUUAACAUCAUAUGAUAUAAAGGAUGAAAGAGGCGAAGGCGGGAAAUCGUCAAAAGGAAAGGCUUCUGGGGAAGAUAAGGUAGCUCCAUUAGAUGACCAGACCAGCAUUAAGACUCCUUCCGAAAAAUCACCACCAACCGUCUCCUGCAGAAUGGAAAAGACAAGGGCUUGGUCAACCGAACAAGGUUUAAAACCAGAUUACAGCGAAUACUCAUGGGUGGAUAUGUCUAAGAUUUUCGAUGCUUUCUUCUUUCGAUUUUUUCUAGUGUUGGUGGUUUUGGUGACCAUUAUAUGCAUGUUAGUGCUUGUUGUUGGUGGUGCACUAUCAUAAUCAAUAACAUGUUCAUUAAACCUGUAUAAUUUGGUUAUCGCAGAAAGAAAAAAAAUUGAAUGAAAUAAGAGUGUAACGACCGAGUUUUAUGAACCCAACUCGCCAAAAGAAUCCUUAGUGAUAUCCUCAUACUUAUUCCACCAACCUCGUUUGAAAAUAACUACUCAGUGAUAUAUGUAUCUGCGUCAUAGAGUUAGUAAAGUUACCUUGAUUAACAAGAUAGUGGGCUUGUCCCACAUAGAUAGAGUGGGAGGGAAUAAGGAUAAAAAAAACACACUGCAAAUUAUUUAUUGAGACAUUUAUUAGAAAUUAUUUAUUUAUUUAAUUUACAACCCACUUUAUGUAAAGACAUGUUUUGUAAUUUAAUGUGAGUGUCUACCAAAUGGAUCAUUGCGAUGAAGUCCCAACAAUAUUAUAUACAUCCGAUAAUGACCAACAGAACAUCUCUACAUCAUAUGGGGUUACAUAUAAUUGUGCUAUAUUCUGUAUUUCAUAAUGCACACUUUUUGUAUACUGAUUGUAUGUCCCCAUAACUCGAGUAUAGGAUACAUUAUGCCAAAACAGAUUAAAUGAACUUUUUACAGCUUGUACAGUUAACAUAGAUAAUUUCAAAUUUAAAAAAAAACCAUUUAAUAUUACUUUUGUCCUCUUUGCCGACUCCCUACCUGUGCACCACUCGUUUAAGAUGGUGUAUUUUUUUAUUUUUUUUAAAGUUAAUCUAACCAAUGACAAUGUAGAAACAGUUAUCGAUCUAUCUGUCUUGUUAACGACAAUGUUUGUCAAAUGCAAUUAAAUCUUUGAGCAACGUAGUGAGUUGAACAAAGAUUAAAUGUGAUCCUGCCAAAAUAAUAGCCAAACAUUUGUAAUUAUAU